AUGGCUUCCGAUGGCUGGUUCGACCAUAAAACUCUGACCACAAUCGAGGAUACGUGGAAGAACCUAGAUUAUCCACCCAGCAAGUUGCACAGGCCCGAACUGCUCGAAGAAGAGCGAGAGAUCCUUGAACUCUACAAAGGCUGGGCCCACUGCAUGAACGAGGAGUUCAACGCCAGCAUCGAGCCGGGUCGGAAGUUCUACAACUUUCCCGAGGUGGUGACAUUCGAUAUCUUUGGCUUCACCGGUCGAGGCGAUUUCAAAGCUCAUUUCGACGAGACUUUCCAUUACUUCUCCAAGUCAACCUUUCAGAUCAAGAAUCUUGAGGUCUUUGCCACCUCCAAAACAACCGGCUACGCCACCAUGUACCAACGUCUGAUUGGCGGCACCGCGGAGGACGGCAAGGCCUUUGAGAUGACCUACCGAAUCACCGGCAUUCUAGAAAAGAUCGAUGGCAAGUGGCAAUGGGUGCAUGAACAUGUCUCUUUCCCAACCAUCAUGUCAAGCAUGAAGUCAGAUCCCACAUGCUCUGUCAAGCCCCAGGACGCUUUCCAGUUCUAA